GCAGGUUCAUACUUUCAAUGCUUUGCAAGUCAAAUUCCACAAGCCAGUUCCUAAUACGGCCUCGCCGGAGACACAUCAUUCACAGAGCUUCGUGACAAAAUAGUGCGCUCAAAGGUCUUUAUCGGUUGAUUUUCUUCAAAAAAAAUAUGAAAACCUACGGGCAGGUCGGGAUAAGAUUAGCGGUGACGGUGUUCAUCGUUAUCGCGUUUAAUGCACCGCACAUCGCUGCGGGAGGAAAUCGGUUGCACAAUGUUGAAAAGCUCCGAGUUGCGUUUAAAUGGAAAUUGCUGGAGUACGCCUGGCCAGACGAUGGAAUGAAACAGCAAUUUCCACAUUACGUGAAGGAAGACAACAUUCCAUUAGGAAUCGAAGCUGCCGGUGAUAGAAUCUUCAUCACAGUUCCUCGGUGGGCUUCCAACGUCGCAGCGACUUUGAAUUACAUCUAUGUCAACGACACGAAUGAAUCGCCCUUGUUACAUCCCUAUCCAUCAUGGGAGGCGCAUCGCUACAGAGAAGACAAGAUACCGGAAAUAGUAUCGGUGUUCCGAAUCCGGGCGGAUCGGUGCGGACGUCUUUGGGUCCCAGAUACGGGGAUAUCGCCAUUGCGCGGUAAACCAAAGCGCUACGAAAAAACACCGACCUUGUUAGUCUACAACUUGACCACCGACGAGCUCAUUCGCAAAUAUGAGAUACCCGAAAGUCAACGGUUAUCUCGUACGAAUAUCGCCAGUAUCGUCGUAGACGACACGUCCUGCGAAGAUACCUACGCGUACAUCGCGGAUCCCUGGGAACCAGCUCUCAUCGUCUACUCGUGGAGACGUAAUACCUCAUGGCGCACUGAACAUCACUACUACCGCCCUGACCCGCUGAACGCGAAUUUCAACGUCUCCGGUCUCUUCUUCACCUGGUGGGACGGCGUCAUAGGUCUUGCCCUAGCCCCUGAAUCAGACGGCUACGGCACUCUUUAUUUUCACCCGCUCUCUGGUAUCACGGAAUUCUCAGUCAGUGCAAAGGUACUUCGGGAUCUUGAGAGUGUACCGAUGCCGGACGUUUUUCGCGAGUUCAAGAUCGUCGGCUCGAGAGGACACCUUGGACAAAGCACUAGCAGCUUCGUGGAUCCAAAAACUAGAACCCUCAUCCAAACUGAAGCGAUGAGAAAUACCAUCUCUUGCUGGAAGCUCGGGACCAUUUACAACGUUCAUAAUUUCGGUAUCAUUUAUCAUGACGACGAUACCAACAAUUUUCCCAGCGAUCUGAAGGUUGAUCAGCAGGGAAAUAUUUGGGUGAUGUCGGACCGGCUCCCUUUUUAUAUGCAGGACAUGCUUGAUCCCGAUGUCUACAACUUUCAUAUCCUGACCGGAUCUGUUGAGGAGGCUAUAAAAGGGACUCCUUGUUCCGAGGAAUAUUUAAUGCUCGUGAGCAUAAUUCAUAAAUUUUGUCUCAUACUUUCCUGUGUAUUUCGCAUUACAAGAUUAUCACAUUCAGACAGGAAAAUGCGAAUCUACGCCCUGGUCGGGUUUGCGUUAGUUACGGUGGUCUUCGUUUUGAUCGCUUUUAUGGCAGUCCAAAUGUCCGCUGUGGACGAGAGCAAGCCAAAAAAUGUUGAUAAGCUUCGAGUAGCGUUCAGAUGGAAACUCCUGGAGUAUGCCUGGCCAGACAAUGAAACACAACAACUUUUCCCGCACUAUAAAAAGGACCAAAAUAUUCCUAUGGGAGUCGAAGCUGCCGGUGAUAGAAUCUUUAUCACAGUUCCUCGGUGGGCUUCCAACGUCGCAGCGACUUUGAAUUACAUCUAUGUCAACGAUACGAAUGAAUCGCCCUUGUUACAUCCCUAUCCAUCAUGGGAGGCGCAUCGCUACGGAGAAGACAAGAUACCGGAAACAGUAUCGGUGUUCCGAAUCCGGGCGGAUCGGUGCGGACGUCUUUGGGUCCCAGAUACGGGGAUAUCGCCAUUGCGCGGUGAUCCAAAGCGCUACGAAAAACCACCGACCUUGAUAGUCUACAACUUGACCACCGACGAGAUCAUUCGCAAAUAUGAGAUACCCGAAAGUCAACGGUUCCCUCGUACGAAUAUCGCCAGUAUCGCCGUAGACGACACGUCCUGCGAAGAUACCUACGCGUACAUCGCGGAUCCCUGGGAGCCAGGUCUCUUCGUCUACUCGUGGAGACGUAAUACCUCGUGGCGCACUGAACAUCACUACUACAGCCCUGAUCCGCUGAACGCACAUUUCAACGUCUCCGGUGUCUCUUUGCAAUGGUGGGAUGGUCUUAUAGGUAUGCACCUAGUCCCGGAAUCGGAUGGCCAAAACGCUCUUUAUUUCCAUCCGCUCUGUAGUACACAUGAGUUCUCAGUUAGUACGAAGGUACUUCAGGAUCUCGAGAGUGUACCGAUGCCAGAGCUUUUUCACCAGUUCAACGUCGUCGGCUCGAGAGGAUACCUUGGACAAAGUACAAGCAGCUUCUUCGACUCAAAGACUGGUGUUCUUUUCCAAACUGAAGCGAUAAAAAAUGCCGUCACUUGCUGGAAGCCCGGGACGACUUAUGACGUGCAAAACUUCGACGUUAUCUAUCAAAACGAUGUUACCAACAAUUUUCCCGGCGAUCUCAAGGUUGAUCCUCAGGGAAACAUUUGGGUGAUAUCGAACCAUCUUCCCUUCUACAUGGAGGGCCCGCGGCAACUAGAUCCCGAUGAUUACAACUUCCAUAUUUUAACCGAAUCGGCUGAAGAAGUUAUAAAGGAGACGAUUUGUUCACUGGACAGUUGAAGGAUCGUUCCAAUCCACCUGGUUCCACUAUCCUGAAAAAUUCAGCUAAUAGCGUGCAACGAACGGGUUGGAAAUCACUGUAUAGAACGUGGGCGUUCGACUAAGAAUGGAAUAAAAAUUAAAUUUUUUGUUCAGAACA